ACGCAUAUGAAUAAAAAGAUAGAGGGAGGUUGAAAAAGAUACAGAAAAUUGGUAGGAAUCGCGCGUGAUAAGAAUAAAAAUAUAAAGAAUUAUAAAAAGAUAAUAAUAAAAGUUUAAGUUGAAUGGUGAACCACGCGAAAAAAAAAGAUAAUCGCACCUUCCUUACGCGUGCCUCGGUUGAUGUGCUGGUCACGAAAUAGGAGUGUAUCACUUUGUAUGGCUGGAUGCCCUUCGCUGCUUUGAAAUUAUUCAAGUGUAUGCAGCCAUGGUCGCUCAUCUCAGGCUCGCAGCUUGAGCGACGUUGGCGUGCCUCCACGACGUCGUCGUCCUCCUCCUCCUCCUCCUCCUCCUUUCCACUAUCGUCCUCAGUCCUAUGAGGACGUCAACGCCGACGGCACCGUCGAUGCCAGCAGUGACCCUUGACUUGCAAGACGGAUUACCUUCGGUGUUAUUCCUUCUCUUCCUUCUCCUCCUUGCAAGAGAAUCUGACAACGUCGAUCGGGAGGAGAUCAACGUAGGAGCCUCCCACCGGCGCGACGCGCACGACGGCGACGACGACGACGACGGCGAGCCGACGACGACGACGACCGAGGCGACGACGUGGAGUGCUUGCUCGACGACAGCAACGGAGGCGACGAUGGAGGAGGCUCCUCUACGCGGGGGGUAGCACGCUGGCUUUGGUAUAAGCGCGCGUGUCGUUGACAUGGAAAAGCGCGUGAGCUUUGGAAAAGAAAGAUCUCGAGGGUUUUGCCCUGUCCUAACAAAAAUUACUACGUGCGAUCACGUCUUCGUCUUCGUCUUCGUCUUCGUCUUGUCUCGUCUCGUCUCGUCUCGUCUCGUCUCGUCUCGUCCAGUCCCGUCCCGUCCCGUCUCGUAUCGUUUCGUUUCCUAUCGCUGUCACACGGCGCCUAUGUCUCCCCCUAGACACCAAAAGAGAUUCGAGAGAGAAAGAGAAAGAACGCGCGCAUGAGAGUGAGAGAGAGAGAGAGAAAGAGAGAAAGACUGAGGCAGAGACAGAAAGAGAGGAAGAGAAAAAAGAUAGAUAGACAGAUAGACAGACAGACAAAAACAGCACACUUUACGAGAGAAUCGUCGAGAAACGAUUGUCGAACCAAGAACGAUGGAGAUAACGGGCCUUCCGAUGAACGAAAUCGACGCUCUCGUUCGUCCUUUCUCCUAUUCCACGUUCCUUCACCCGGCUGUUCACGGACACCAGCCGGUCAGUGCAGGCGGUGCCGGUACGAAGUAGCCUCACUUUUAUCCCCACUACUACUAUCAUCAUUUCACAUUAAAACAGGAACGUCACUGUCAAGGGCGCGUUCUCGGGGCUCCCUAUGAUCCCUCCAACAUCGAUUGUAUAUCAUUACAACCUUAUUCUUUCUACUAGUGAUUUUAUUGGUUGUACCCUUUGUUUAUUAAACCAAUCGCGUUGUAGCGUACAAAUAGCAAGAAUAGCGAUUGGUUUUUUAAUUAAUUCUUAUUCUUUCAAGAAAAUAAUACUCUUUUCUCUAUUUUUAUUAUUUAGAAAUCUCAAAUAAUUUAUUAAGCCAACAAUAUUAGUAUUUUAAUUGUGGCGACAAAUUCAUAAUUUCAUCAAAUACAUUUAAUGUAACAUUAUAAAACAAUUCGAUCAAGAAUACAAUAUUAAUUUGAAAGAUAAAUGUUCGUUAGAAAUAAACUUCAAAUAAAUAAACUAAAAAUUAAUAUCUUUCAAACAAUUCUGUAAAUUGUAAAUAAACACGUUUUAAAAUUUUGUAUGUGGCGCACCCUUUCGAAUAAUUUCGCAUUAUUGCUUUUACGCGGUCCAUGUGGUCUAAUGUGGUCUCGAAUAUUAAGUGACAAUAUAGCGGACGUAUUUGAUUUUGUUUAAAUCAUAAGUGACAUUAUUUUUAGUAUAAUAUAAUGGAAGAAGUUACAAAGUGCAGUUACAUCAAUUGUCGUGAUCUUCGAGAAAAAGAACAAAUAUUUCACGAAUUACCAGUAAGCGAUAUUGGUUUAUGCGUUAAAUGGCUGGUAAACAGUGGUCAUGAAUAUUUAAUUGGACGCGACUUUGCAACUUUACGAUCGAUGAAAUUUUUUGUAUGUAGUAAUCAUUUCAAAAGUGAUUCUUAUUUAGCUAAGGGAACGCUGAAAGAAAAUGCUGUACCCCAACCAUAUUGGUAUUCUAAUACUGUUGGAAGAAUUAAUGAUAUAUCUUACAUUGAACACGAACCGAAGUUCGAUCAAGUUACUGGAAAAACAUAUAUGCACCGUGCUCACAACAUUUUUCAAUUUAAAGAACAAAGUGCAAAUGUAGCAGAUAAUACUACUUUUCAUGAGGAAGGCUGGUGUAGAACUUGUGCUAUGAAAAAAAAUAAUGUAGUUAAUAUGACAUUAAAGAAAAGAAAUACUGAAAUGAGUCUUCUUUCAAAACUAAAAUUAUUGAUAGAAAUUGAUGAUGAAGAUACAUUGCCACUAAAUAUGUGUUAUGAUUGUGUAAAAAAAUUGGAACAAUCCUUUCAGUUUUUUCAACAAAUUUAUAUAGCAGACAAUACAUUGCGUCAUAUUUUUCCUAAAGGUCAAUUAGAUAAUGAUUGCUAUGGUAUAACUAUAGAUAGAGUAGAUGGCUGUGUUAGCGAUAUAGAAUUUGAUCCGAUAUUACCGUCUAAUGAAGAUGAUCGAUUGUCAAUGAAUCAUGAAAGUAAUAAUAUAAUAAAGCCAAAAUUGUUAGAUACCAAAGAUAGUGAAAGAUCUUUAUCUAAGAAAGUCUCAACGAAUGAAAAAUUGUUAAAAGAUACAUCUGCCAGUGAUAAGUAUGGCACUGUAUUUUCAUUACUUACAGAUACUUGCCACAGUGAUGAAGAACUUCAUUGGACAGAUGUUUUAAAUGCAAUAGAACGCCAAAAGAUUACAUUUUUGCGAAGACAAGUACCUGUACGUAAAACAAAAAUAUCUUGCGAAUUCUGUAUUAGCAAAUUUAGAUUAAGACGUCAGUUGAAGACACAUAUAAUUACUCAUCACCCUAAACUGAUUAGAACUAUGUGUAUGGAUUGUAUUACCUAUUAUGAAAAUGAACUCCUUCUCUUAGAACAUCGUGCUAUUGAACAUAAUGAUGAUCAGUGGUAUAGAUGUGAUUAUUGUCAAAAAGUUUUUUCUAGAAAAAAGGGUUUGAGACUUCAUAUCACUAGAUCACAUGCAAGAAGAAAGUGCUAUUCAUGUGAUUUAUGUAAUCAACAAUUUGUAUCAAAACAAAAUUUAUCUUUACAUAUUGAAAGUGGUCAUCUAUGCGUGAAUAUAAAAAAGGAAAAAACGCUUGAUGAAACGCUUAAAGAUGUGUGCAUGGUUAGCUUUGAUGUUGAUAAUGCUAAUCAAUCCAAUAAUUUAAAGACUCCUAUGGAAGAACAAAAGAUAGCAGAUGUAUCUAUAGAUAAAGAUUUUAAUCAUAUGGAAUUAUCGUCCACUUGUCCUAACAAUGAAUCACAAUCCAUACACUUAGAAAAUGCUGUUCAUUCUGUUGUCGAAGAACUUAUUGAAAGCUAAUGUUUUACUUACUUUAUAUAUUCAUGUAUAUUUAUAUACAUGGAAAUGUAUGUGGGACUUUAUGAUUAGAACCAAUAAAUGUAAAGUAAAGAGAUAAUUGAUAUCUUGCAAUAACUACGAAAUGUGAUAAUUUACGAUUACAAAGAAACAGAUAUUGAAAGGUAUCCCCACAUAAAUUGAAACACUACAAUUAUUUAAAAUAUAUACUCUCUAUAAUUAUAUUAUAAUUAAAGAAUAGUUAAUUAAUUGCAUACACAUUAUAUAUCUUCUUUUUUUUUUUUUGACAAUAAAGAUAUUUGCAAAUAGAA